AUGGCGCCGUUGACCCUUGAAGUGCGACAUAACAGUGAGGGGACAAUUGAGUGUUGGGACGACGAUGACGAGCUACAAUUUAACGACGAUAUUAACUUACGUGCCACAUCAACUGCCACAUCAGUGACAAACUCAUCGUUACGUCGAUCAGGACACCGUGACUCUAUCUCCUCUCGCCGCUCCGCUCGCUCCGAUCUUGACUCUACUGCUGGGGGCGAUGAAGACUGGCAGGUUCAGCUGCUGGAUGAUGAUGAAAUUGUGAACGAAGAGGCGCUAACUUCCGCAAAAAACGCGGGAAUUCCACUGCCUACGAACGUUCCCCGGUCAGCACUUAUCGGAGGCACCAUCAAACGUCUUGGCAGGAGAAAGACGAAGAGAGAAUUUAUCGAUGAUUGGUCCGAUGACCUAGAGCUACCAGGUCCAGAUGCAGUCCUAGAGCUAAAACGAUCCCAUGAUACACCCUUCCCUGAUUCACUUCCCCAACUCAGCUCUACUGCAGCGAGCCCAGUGAAGACCUCUCCUUUUCGUUUUGGGGAUGAUGGAGACCUUCAUGCACACCAAGGGACCUCCCAGUCCAUUCUGGAUAACUUUCUAGAUCUCGACGAUAUCGAUGAUAGCCAAGAUGUCCCUACGAUUAAAAUAGCCAAUCCCCAGCCACCGCAAAGAGCAAGUAUUAUUGGUUAUGUAGGGCCUAGCGAAGAAGCCUCGGCCGAAAACUUCGAGGACGAUUUUGAACUUCCGGCAGAUAAUCUUCUCAGCCUUUGCCGUCGUGAACCCCCCGUGCGAGACUCCAGCCCAACCCCAGAAGACUUUGAUGUGGAAUGGUCUGAAGGUAGUAUUGGUGUCCGGUUUGGUGGCACUACACGAGAUCACCGGUCGAACCCAAGCUCCUCAAUUUCGGUAGUUAGCCCUAGUGCGUCAAGUUAUUUGACAGGCGAAAGCGAUGACGAAGGUCUUGACGGUCUUGUUAUUCCAGAAGGGCCUCUAGACUUUGGGGCGUGCUUGAAGAGACGGAAGAAUCCAAAUUCCACGGAUGCAGCUCGUCUCCAACCCGACCACGAGAAAUGCGAGCAGCCGCCUCCUGCAGACGAUUUUUUCUCUGGACUCGAAAUAAAUGAAAACGAGUCCUUUAAUACUCGAAGACCAUCAGUAAACCCAAACAUUAGAUGCAAGAGCGAGCCCUUGGGGAGUCCAGCGCGUCGCUCCGCAACGACCCUCACGUUUACAAACGGUCCUCUAUCGCCAAAGACCCGGAUUCCGCGCCUUUCAGGCCACGAUCGCCCUCACUCGACCCACCUAGAAACUGUGUCUGAGAGCGGCGCACCACUCUCGAAGUUUCGUACGUCCCCCCGCCGAUCUGGGGGCCAUGUUGCCCAUUCUUCCGUAUCCAGCCUUCCCGCCUCCGGAUCCACAUCGAUAUCCCCAACUCCUCCCUUUACGCCGAGCCGACGACUUGUGGGGACCCGAAUCGCAAAAGAGCUACUCGGAGAGCGUGCCGCCCCUGGAAGACAGCUCUUGAGGUCGAAACGAUCGAUGCCCUCGAUGCGGAAUCAUUCACAGAUUACCUCAACGACUUCUCUCCCGAGUCCUCAUCGCCCGGAUGGUUCGACUUGGUCUAAUCCCCGGCUUUGGACUCCAAUCGAUCGCACAGCUUCCGACGUCAGAUUGUCCGGCCGUAAAUCUGCACCAUUCAUUCCUGCGGGGGCAUCUGACAAACAGUCUCAUCACGCAAGCGUCAAAACUUACCGAUAUUCCCGACGCACGAGCUCCGAUGGCACGAGCGAUACUGUCAGCUCCCAGGGCUCCAUAACCCGGAUAUCGCGACCUAACCGCUAUGACAACAACUCGAACGAGGCAACCCAAGAAACAUUGAACACAACUCCUAAACGAACUCUUACUCGACCAACCCGUCGACGAAAUUUCGGUGAUGGGACCGAAUUAGCUUCGUUCGACGACUUACCUACGUCUUCUGCAGCCGAGAGUAAAUAUGUAAAACAACCAUGUGGACGUGGUGCUCCACGAGCCUUGAGACACAAAUUGGGUCUCAGUCAAUCCUCCAUACAAUUGAAACCAGAAAGUCCAACCCCCCAAGCUCCGACAAGCAGUACUCCAUUCCAACAAGGGUCAAUUCCUAGAUUUGCACGCGACACCAAUGCCUCCAGAAACGCAAGGGAGCAGCGCAUCGCCUCUAUGUCAUCAAGCUCAAAGAGUAGUCGGGAGAGUAACGCUCUUGCCCCUCUGAACUCCAACUGGAAAACGCAGACUAUUUCACGGAUGCCGUCAAGCACAGUAUCCGUGAGGACCAAGAGGACCAAAUCUGGCACGAUUUCAGGGUCCAGGCCCCAGUUAAUCAAGCCCAUUGGUGUGGGUGUCCAGGAAGCCAAAUCCAUAAAUGGGAUGCAGUACAACCCUGCUUCGUACCGCUGGGAGGGGAACGAGAAUAUGGUCCAUGGAUUCGAUACUACCUCACCCAAGUCCCCGAAGUCCUCGCCCGCCCUUAUUACUAACUUUGGAGCGAUGCAAAAUGUGCAGGUAGUCGGUGGAAUGGUGUUUGAUCCACAGCGCAUGUGCUGGCUCAAGCUUGCACCAUCACAACCUGGGGUAGAUGGACUUGUCGCAGUCCAAGACGAGGACGAUGUCUUUUCCAACUUUGUUGACCUAAAAGAGAACUCUGGUAUCUCUGGGAGAAGAGGUCCUGGCGUCCUUGAUGAUCUUUGUCCUGCCGCAAGUGGAGAUGACCGGAGUUGUGAGGAUUCAUCAGAUGAGUGGCCCAUUACCGAGGAGUUUGAUGUUGGCCCGGAGUUUAUCAGACGCCAGCAUACGGAAGAAGAAAAGUGGAGACGCAAGGUUGACAAGUGGGUUAAUCAUAAUCAUAAUCAUAAUCAUGCUGGGUUCGGAAGCAGCUGGAGAUGGGCCAUCCGGGAUCUGGUAAGGAUCAAUAGCUCUCUCGGCGCUCAAGGGCUCAAUAAUCCAUGA